ACAUGGUUGCCUAUGUGCAAUUAGCCUUGUUUCUUCUUGUAACCUGCGGUAUCCAUGAAACUGAACAGAAUCAUUUUGGUUGCCACCGGCUCAUCAUGCAAUCCCACCUUAAGAACCUGACUGACCUGAUUGAUAGUCAGAUGGAAACUUCCUGCCUGCGAUCUUUUGAAUACGUGGAUGAAAGGGAACUGGGUAAUACUGAAUGCUUUCUCAAAGCAGCCUAUAAUCCCCUGAAAUAUAUCAUCGAUAACAUUAACUUCACGAGUAAUACUCCAAACUAUCUGAAACUCCAUCUGAUAAAGGACUUAUACCUGGACCUUGGAAGAUGCAUUAAGCCUCCCAAUGAUAAGAAUAAGAAGUGCAUCAAGACUUUCUCCCUGACUGCACGGCAGACUUUACAACUGGUGCACAAAUAUUUUAGCCAAGCCAAGCAGUUUCUGAGCAAGAAUACAUUCACAGAUGAUUGCAGUGGGGUCUUCCAGAAGUGUUCGGAAUCACAGGAAAAGGAGAUUGUUUCUCCAGGUGUUCUUACUGCCCUGGAUUGCAACUGUUCAUCUACAGGCCCGAUCAAUAUAGAAGGCUCGACAUAUCUCGUUCCAACUUCUGAGUCUUUCUCUUCCAUUGCAGACCAGCUGGACAGCAGGAAGACAGCUGUCAGCAUUCUCCAGCUACUAAGGCUUCCUGAUACUACUCAAAUUCUUAGUGGGUUAGAGAGAAAUACCAGGUCUAGGGUGUCUAGAAGCACUGAUAAAAGCCAAGAAAUCACUGAAAGCAUGGAUUUCGGGGCUGGCAUUGAUGUCAUAUUACCAUCACCAUCAUCGCCUUCUCUUUCUAUCCAGAAACAUUUGGAAUCCAUGGAGACCAGAUCUCCCUCCCUGGAUUCCAGAACUGGUGAAAGCCAGAAAAGAUCUGAUGAAAUAGCUUCUCAGCAUCUCCCUCUCUCUGACUUAGCCAAGUCAUUUCUCAAUCAGCAAUGGUUUGAGAUAAAAGAAAAAACUGAGGCCACUCCAGGACUCGCAUCUGAUCAGGAUAUCACUGUUGCCAGCAGUGCUUUCAGCUUAACUCUGACAUCAUCUUUCAAUUUGGAGCAAAUAGACAGCUCUAGUGUGCCCCCCAGUGGCAGUCCCCAUGCCCUGGGCCACAAAGAUCCUGUCUCUGCAACACAAGAUCCUUCUAACUUUGUGGUCACCACAGAGAAUUCCUCACCCCCCAAACAAAUACUCCUGGGGAAAGCAAAGCAAAGUAGCAGAGGUAGUACCUCCAAAGCACUGCAAAACGCUCAGCUGCGAGAGAGACGAGAAGAGGGUCUGGCCAAGGACAGGGAAUUGGAGGAUAGCCUGCUGGGACCCAGCUUUGAUCUGAACUUCAUUCCUCCGAACGCAGAGAAGCACACCAAGAAGUCAGAGCCCAGAAAUAUCCAAGGGACGUCUGUGACAUAUGUGGUGAUACCCAGUGUCUUGGGAAUCCUGCUAGCCCUGGGUGGCCUGCUGUUCUACUUGCAUAAGUCCAGGAUCCUAAGAAAGAGGCAGACACAGCAGAUGGGGAAUAAUGUAGAAAGAACAGAAGAACAAAGAUCAUUGAGUGGAGGGGAGGGACACUUGGAGUUGCAGAUUCAAAGGGAGGUAUGA